UUCAUUUUGUAUGUAAAAACCCACGAGAACCAUGGGCGAUUAAAAAAAAUUACAGCCAGAUUUAUCACUUCUGAAACUUUUUAGAUGCCAAAGCAAUCAAGAAAAACCACAAAUAAUGCCUUACUUGAUGAAAUGCAGUGAUCAAACGGCCAAUGUUCGCCAAGCACUCUGGCUGUUGUUGUCCCUUCAGCUCUCGUUUCUAUCUACCGUCAUUUCUCCUCAUUUUUGGAAUUCUGAAGUAGGCUAAAUGUCUCUCACGCUUAUCCCGAUUUCCAUAAUUAUUUACAGCGCAAAAAUUGACAAUUUCAGCGGGUUUUCAGAGCAACAUGAUGAUAACUAACAAACAGAGAAUGAAGAGUGAAUGAAGAACUUCAAUAUGUGAGAAUAACUCAGUUUGAUAGUUACAGAUAGAAAACUUACAGAAGUUGUGGGGCUUUUAGAAUGAAUAAACUGUAUGUUCCUCAUGUCCGAUCCUUAUCUCCAGCAGUAAGAAAUGUGGUUGGUUUGAGCUUUGUAAUAACAAGUCACACCCCUUAAAGCAGAAAUAUCUUCCAUUUGCCAAUCUCUUUGGCAAGUUUCACUGAGGACGUGAGGUCUUACUAAACAGUCUUGUGCUUACGAGCCGGGUUCACAAAGACAAUGGUGGAGCUGUCAAACAGCACGGGAGAAGCUGGUCUCUCUCUCGGCACGGAAGUUCGGGUAGCAGCAAGCAUCAUCUUUGGAGCAACCUGUCUCAUUGGGGUCCCCGGCAAUUCCAUCGUCAUCUGGGUGAUAUUGUCCAAGAUGAAAAGGCGACCGUCCACCGUUUUGCUCAUCCUCAACCUGGCCAUCGCAGAUCUCGUCCUUCUGCUCACAUUGCCCCUGUGGAUUUACUCCAUCAACAACGGUUGGGUCUUUGGCACGUUUUCGUGCAAGGUCGUCGCCUACCUGAUCUACUGCAACCUGUAUGGCAGCGUGUUCUUCAUCACGCUGAUGAGCGUGGACCGCUUCAUGGCCGUCAUCUAUCCAAUCGCCUCCCAACGCUGGCGGACGGAGAGGUCUGUCUGCAAGGUAGUGCCCGUGGUUUGGGCACUGGCCUGUCUCUUUGCAGUCCCUGUUAGUCAAUUGAUGGUGGUUCAGACCAUAGACGGCCAGCGCACGUGCAAAGACUACAAGACCGGUUCGAAAGCCCUGCAAAUUACUUCCCUUGUGAUGGAGACAUUCAUUGGGUUUGUGAUUCCUCUCACAGUGCUUGCUGUCUGCUACGCUCACGUCGUUAGAAGGGUGAGCCAAAUGACCUUCAAGAGUAAAAACAGGACUGAGAUGCUGAUCGCCAGCAUCGUCAUAGCAUUUGUGAUCUGCUGGCUCCCUUACCACGUGUGCAACGUGUUUAAAUUUGCCUCCCUGCUGGUGGACCCGCGUUCGGAUGCAUUUAGCAAACUGGGGAACGUUUCCGAGGUUGCGUCGUACAUAACUGGGGCAAUAGCCUUCUUCAGCAGCGCCAUUAACCCUCUGCUCUAUGCGUUCGCUGUCAAGAGUUUACGGGACGGUUUUCGGCCUCCGGUGAUGGUAAAAGUCUUUGAGCAAAUGGCUCAGUCCACAAAAGACGAAUACCCCAUGGAGCGCUUUAAUAAUACAAAAGUGGAAAGUAUCCAAGAUCUGUAAACCAAUUUGGUGUUAAUCAUGUGUUGCACAGAAGUAAAUGAUACAUCUGUUGCACCAAAGAUUGCCUGGUAAAUUUUUAAUUGAAAAGUUUGUACUAAUAGUUUACAUUUUUGAAUGCCGCAGAAUUUAACUUUUAUUAGAUCAUAAAGCAUUUCAAUCCAGCGAAUAAUAACAUUUAUGUAUUUUUUCCUAUUGCUUUUCUAGUAUCAGCACUUGUAGCUUUUUUUCCCCUUUUUAGUUUAUUUUCAAGAUAGUGUACACUAGUUCUAUCCUACACAGUUGCAACAAUUUUACAGAGGCGAGCUUAACCUGCAAACCUGCAGGCCAUUGGAAUGUGGCAGAACCCAGGGAAAACCCACACGGUCACAUGGAGAAUGUACAAACUCCAUACAGACAGCUCCCACAGUCAGGAUCGAACCCGGGUCACUGGCGCUGUAAGGCAGCAACUCUACCGCUGCGCUGCUGUGCCACCCUUCUGCCUUCUGUCCUUGUUGAUGGCAUACAUCUUCAAGGUCCCGAGCACUAUUUAACAAAGAAACAUGUAGUCAACCUUCAGCAAAUGUGCUCUAAAUUUGCAGUUAAUCGACAUGGGCUAAAAAAUGACAACGUUAUCUAUCCAUAAGGAACUGAAGCUGCAUGUACUGAACUUUUUAAGUUUGUUGCAAGCAGAGAAGGAAUUCUGGUGAAGUAGUUCGUACAGACACAAACAGGACACGGUUGGAAUUGAAAGCUAGUCUGAGGAAGGGUUCUGACCCGAAAUGUCACCUACUCCUUUUCUCCAGAGAUGCUGCCUGUCUCGCUGAGUAACUCCAGCAUUUUGUGUCUUUCUUUGAAAUUUGACUACCCAUCCUCCCUGCACUGCACAAGACUAUCAACAACAACUUAAAGGGCAACACAUGAGGAACCAAGAUGGUGCCUAAUUGCUGGUUGUACUCGCCUUUUCAAGUCAUCAGAACCCUCUCUAUCCAACAACUUUGUACAAUGCUGAUCAACUCAGACUUUGCCCUCUCAAAGCAUUUUUCUUGUGCUAAUAGUCAAAUAUUGAUCACUUCCAUAUCGUACUUUGAUCGAACUACAGAACGCAAUCAGGAAAGGGUUUUGUCAAACAAAUUGUCAUGGAUGUAAUCUAUGUGAUUUAUUGUAUGGAGGAUACAGUUUAACAACUUUCAUUUGUCUUUGACUGAUUCCUGUAUAGAUUCGUAAUGUCAUUCCUUCAAGUGAGUGCUGGAGUAAGUUAUGCUCAAUAUCACUUAGAGUUAAAUAGUGAAUGAUACUUCAAGUUGAAGGGCAGCUUUAAGGGAACUCCAGACAGGCGGUCGACUGUACUGAUGGGGAGGGUUCCUUCCAGAGAUGACUGGAGUAAGUUGCAUUCAGUGUCAGAAUUGGGGAGAAGUUCGAUGUGAUCAGAAAUCAAAGUUAAUGGGUGUAAAGUAUGCAGUAUAGAAGUUAUAACAUUGUUUAAUCUUCCGUUAUUUUAUUCCUUUGCUUUUAAUAAAUUGUUCAAAUGCAACGUGUAUGCUUAUUCCUGAUCAGAUGCUUGGCAGGAUAUGGUGCUCAGUAAAGAUAGAUUCAAUUCAGUUUUAGAUAACAUCUUAUUUCAUUUCAUUUGUAAGCCUUCUUAGUCUGAAAAACCUUUUAAAAUAAUUUGGCUCAUGUUGAUCUGUUGGCCUUGAAUGGUCUUAUACCCCUGAGAUAGGUUCAGGCUAACGGAGGAAUGGUUGGGUUAACGUCUGUGGACGGUUUCUUGUCUCUGGGCCUGUACCUCGCUGCAAGAAGGAUGAGGGGGGGCGAAAUAAAGUUCAAGUUCUUCCCUUAGUUCUUCUUCGGUCGUGGGCCUCGAGCUCCCAUUGACGGGACGAUCUUGACUCCCGUAGCCAGCGGCGUUCGGGCCCUCCACGUCGAAGCAAUCUGCUCCUGUAUCGGGGGGAUGUUAGCUCCCUGGUGAACCUUCCGCAACGAGCUCACCCCUGAGACUGCGAGCCCUUGAUGGUAAGUCCGCGGUGGGAGCGAUCCCAGGCAAGGAAUCAGCUCUGAUGUUCAGUCCACACCCCGCGGUGAGGUUCACGACAGUCCGAGGAGGCUUCCGGCUCCAUCGAUGGUAGGCCACAGAGCCCGGAGAAUGUGAUCCGAAAAUGUAUCACAUCUCCGGCAAGGUAAGAACCUGCAACACACAAUAUCUAUAAAUCGAGCCAGUGAAGAGCUUUCAGAAUAACAUUGACUCAUAAAGAAUCAAUAUAUCAGACGGAAGAAAAGCAAAACUGGAUGUACAAGGUAAAUGGAUCAAAGGUUGGGAUUAAAGACAAUAAUGAUGUGUUUUUAGUGCAAGGUCUCUGUCAAAUAGAUGGAUGAAAUGGGCUUGUGGGGACAUGGAGUCAACAAGUCAUAGAGUGUUACAGUGUAGAAACAGGCCCUUUGGCCCAACUUGCCUACACCGACCAUUAUGUCCCAGCUACACUAAUCCCACCUGCCAGCGUUUGGUCCAUAUCCCACCAAAAAUGUCCUAUUCAUGUACCUGUCUAACUGUUUCUUAAAUGUUGGGAUAGUCCCAGCCUCAACUACCUCCUGUGGCAGCUCGUUCCAUUCACCCACCAACCGUUAUGUGAACAUGUUAUCCCUCAGAUUCCUAUUAAAUCUUUUCCUCCUCACCUUAAACCUAUGUCCUCUGGUCCUCAAUUCACCUACUCUGGGCAAGAGACUGUGCAUCUACCCGAUCUAUU